CUUUUCUUGUCUUUUUUGUUAUGAGUGAAAAUAAUAAGAGUGAAAACAAGAGCAGUCUAUCAGAAGCAGAAAAGUUUUUGGAAUCUUUAAACUUGCCUGAUUCUAAUGUACAAGAAACUGAUGUGAAUUCGUCAACUGCAACAACUGCUGACCCAAAGGAUAUCAUGUCCUUUCUAGAUGAAAUCUCAAACUACCCACCCGCAAUAGAUCCAAAGGAAGAGAAUAAGAAGAAAGAUAUGGACCAAACAAACAAUACCUCAGCAAGUAGUUGGAUGUCAUGGGGAAACAGUUUUUGGAAUCAGGCCAGUGCUGCAGUGAAAUCGACAACGGAUCAAAUCAACAAGUCAGUGGGUGGAAGUGAAGUAGCUACUAAACUCUUGGAGGAUCGCGUAAAGACUUUGCAAAGUUUAGUAAAUAAGGAAAACAUUGAAAAAUUAGGCACUGGAUUAAAAAACCUGACAACAACCAUUCUCGAGACGGUUGCUCCUCCUAUAUCUGAGCAUGAACUUGUUGAGGUUUGGUUAUCGCAUGAUAUGGAAGGAUAUUCUGGCCUAGACGCGCUUGUGUAUCGUGCAUUUGCCAGAGUCAUGGAACAUACCGAAUCUGGACAAGUGGUCGUCCGUAACCCUGGUGGUGAGGUUGAUUCUUUCACUCAAACAAGAAAUCUCAAUAUCUGCGAUUCUUUAAUCGAUGGAACCAAGCUCGCAAAAGCCAAUGUUGAUAAUCUCAUUAAACAACACUACAAACCAUCUGACCAAGACAAAGAGGUAUAUACGUCUGAAUCAGGGGCAGUUCCUGUCAUCCAUUGUCCUGUAUUUAUGGCUAUUCAGCCAGUAAAACUAUCUAUGUCACCAAUGGACGCAGAAGAUGACGAAAACAGUCAAUUAUCGUUUAUCAUUCUGAUGAUAGAUCCUGGGCAUAACUUGAAAUUUAAGACAUGCUCUCAAACGAUGCCUCUGGGAUGGUUAAAUAUCCCAUAUGAAGAGAAUGAGUGGGUUGAGGACAAGAUGAUAGAGGUCAUCCGUAUGGCAGUAACCACUAUAGCCCAAGAUUAUGUGUGGACAAGAAUGGCUGGUGGCCCCUCAAGUGCUCAUUCGGACGAUGCUGUUCAGGACGUGUAAUGGAUAUUGUGUGAAUGAUGCUU